AUGGCAAACCAACCAGAGUACGAUCCGUUACGCGGUCAACAGCGUGUGUUCACGACACAACUUGUGCUCUGUUUAUGGAUGGGCAUCUCGUCCUUUCUCUUGUUCUGUUUUUUGCGGUACAGAUGGCCUCAUAUUUAUGCCAUUCGAACUCUUCGAAAUUCCAACGUGAUCCUCAAAGCCAUUCCCACCUCAUACUUUGGAUGGAUCAGCUUGGUGUUGUCGGUUACAGAAGAUGAAGUGCUUGAGUAUUCGGGACUUGAUGCGUAUGUGUUCAUCAUGUUCUUCAAGAUGGGAAUCCGAAUCUUUUUUCAACUCCUGGUGUUAGCAGUAUUUAUCCUAAGUCCCGUACGAUUCUACUACACGGGCCAUUUUGACAAGGACGACAUUCCCUGGAGAUGGCCAGAGGCUGGUGUGUUGUUUGUACGAUUUGUGGCAAGUGGCGAGUUCAGUGGUGAUGAUGGUAGUCUCCCCGACUUUGGAGACAUUGAUGACUUUCCUCAUUACCUCUGGGUGUACCCGUUAUUUGCAUACUUGUUUUCGGGGAUCGUGUAUAUGAACUUGUUUGAUUACACGAACAGGAUCAUCAAGACCCGGCAGAAGUAUUUGGCGUCUCAGGACCUGAUUACCGACCGCACCAUCCGAAUCGACGGGAUCCCCAGACGAUUGUUGAUGCAAAAGAACACCGAGAUCUUGAAGGACUUCAUCGAGGACUUGGGAAUUGGUAAGGUGUUGGAUAUCAAUAUGAUCUAUGACUGUCAGCCGUUGGAUCAGUUGUUGGAUGUUCGGAAGAAGUUGGUACGGCGUAUCGAACGGUACAUUUCCUCAAAGCACCAAUUGAAUAUCGACAUCUACAACGAGAACUGUCCCACGGUAUCGGUGCGAGGCCAACUUGUUGAAGACCCGAAAUUGAUGGCGUAUAUGGAGAAGUUGGACAACAUGGACCAGGAGAUCUCUGAAAUCCAACAUACCUACAAGCAGCGCUUUGACGAUAAUUUGAUUCUUCAUAAGGACCCGGUGUUCAGGCAAAUUCCUUCGGCUUUCGUGACUAUGGACAGUGUGGCAUCAGCACAGAUGGCGGCGCAAACCGUUCUUGAUCCUCGAGUGUAUAAGUUGAUGGUGAACUUGGCCCCAGCGCCAACAGACAUCAAAUGGUCGAACUUGAAACUUAACUACUACACGAAGAUUGCCAAAGGUUAUAUAAUAACGUUGAUCAUUAUCUUGAGUUACUUUCCCAUUUUGUUUUUGGUAUCUUCGUUGGCGACGUUAUUGGAAUUGAAGUCCAUCAGCAAGUUUUGGCCCGAAUUGGGAGAGUUUAUCAAGAAGUCGAAUUGGCUUACCACCUUUGUGACGGGGAUUUUGCCACCUCUUUUGUACUCGUUGUUGAACUUGACUAUGCCGUAUUUUUACCGGUAUCUCUCAAGGUGUCAAGGGUAUACUUCCAAUAGCGAUAUCGAAUUAUCAUCUUUGUCCAAGAACUUUUUCUUCAUAUUUUUUAACUUGUUUCUUGUGUUUAUGAUCACAGGAACAAUCUGGGACUACUUGUCAUUCAUCAGAGACACCACAAAGAUAGCUUUUCAGCUUGCAAGUUCGUUGAAGAAAAAGUCGUUGUUUUACGUGGACUUGAUCCUAUUGCAAGGUUUGGGAAUGUUUCCUAUUCGGUUACUACAAAUUGGAGAUGUUGUACUAUUGAACUUGAUCGGGAAGAUCUUCUUCUUAAACCGGUUCUUCUUGCGAACCCCUAGAGACUAUCGCUUCUACUACUUCACACCUCCAAUUUUUGAUUUUGGAAUCCAAGUCCCCCAACACAUUCUCAUUUUUAUGAUCAUAUUGAUCUACUCGGUGGUAUCCACCAAAAUUGUGGCCAGUGGCCUCGUGUACUUUGGUCUCGGCUACUUGGUGUACAAGUAUCAAUUGAUCUACAACUACGUGCAUCCGCCACAUUCUACUGGUAAGGUGUGGCCAAUGAUAUUUCGAAGAUUGAUUCUAGGAACUAUUCUCUUCCAGCUUUUCAUGUGUGGAACUCUUGCCCUCGAGGGAGCAGUUCUCCUUCUGAUAUUAUGUUUCCCGUUAAUUGUCGUGACGUUAGUUGUGAUCUAUAACUAUGAAAAGUACUAUUUACCUUUGAACAACUUCAUCGCGUUGCGAGCGAUCCAGAGCCCUCUCGAGUUCGACAAGGAGUUUGACGAUGAGGUAGAGGAAGAAACGGCCCUGCAGGAUAUUGAGACGAUUCCUACGCUUCAUGUUGACAUGAGCGACACCGACUCGAUGUUGGUGAACGGAGACUACACGGUUGACUAUAUGUCGAUGUCAACGCCGACCCGUAAAAGAAGAAUCAGCACGCUAGAUGAAGAACGAGAGAAGUAUAGCAACUACAUGUACCCCAACCUCAUAUGUGACCUCGAUGGACCGAUGGUGGAGUUUGAGGGCGAUCGGGUGGCAUUGGUGAGAGUUGCAGCCGACGAAGAAAUGGACUCACAUCGGCUCAUUCUCGUGACUAAGAAUUUGGUGGUUCUGGAGUGGGAGUAGCGGUGACAAUGGGAGUCUCAAGUAUCUAUUGCUGUCUUUGACGGUACAAGACAUCAGUCAGAUAUAUAUGUGUGAGAGUGGCACGUCGGGUAAAUAAUAAUUAUACGAAAAACAAUGGACAAGGUUUGACGAGAAUG